AUGGCUUCCAUGCUUUCUUUGUUUACUAUCCGUCAUCUUUUUAUCUCCAUAGCCCUGUAUGCAUGUUCCGCUGGUGCUACUGACUCCUUGUUUGCAUAUCAAUUCAUCACCAACUUGAACCCUUUAGUUUCAUCCAACCAUAAUUUCGUAAUUGGAUUUUUUGGUUAUUAUUCAUCGACUCUACCUGUAUGCAAGACGUACCUGGGAUUGGGGUACAGGAGUGUAGAUUCCAGGGCUAUAGUAUGGGUGGGUAAUGAAUUGAAUCCACUUGGAUGUUUUACAGCGCUAGCACUAACCAAAGAAGGAUUUUAUGUCAAAGAUAUAGUACUGGGAACAACGGUAUGGAUUCAUAAGCCCAACAGAACAGUUCCGUCACCAGUUCUGAAGCUCCUUGAUUCAGGUAAUCUUGUGUUUGGAGAUUCUAGCAAUCUGACGGCUGGAGAGUAUCUGUGGCAAAGCUUUGACCACCCUCUUCACACAUUGUUACCAGGAAUGAAGCUUGGCUGGGACAAGAAAGCUGGCAUCGACCGAUCCAUGAGGUCCUGGAGGACAGAAGGUGAUCCAGCUCCAGGUGAUUAUUUGUUAAGGUUAGACUUAGGUGACUCAGGUCAGUUACCCCAACUAGUUCUUGAGAAAAACCAGCGAAUACAAUCAAGAUGGGGUCCUUGGGAUGGAGAAAAAUUCAGUGGUGGUAAUGCCCUCAUGGAUAGCCAUGCAUUCAGACCAAUAUUUCAUUCCGAUACAGAUGCGAUUUUUUUCACAUUCGAAGCCAAGGAGGAUUCGAGUUUGAUACUUUCACUGAAUCCAGAUGGGAAACUACAAUUCUUGAGAUGGGAUAAUAAUGCUACCAAUUUAUGGGAUGAAGUGAAGACACUCAAUAUGGCCAUAUGUGACCAGUAUAGCACAUGUGGGCGUUAUGGAGUUUGUACUGAUGGAGAAUUCCCCUGUGAAUGUCCUGAUGGAUUCACAGCUGUAUCACCAGAAGAAUGGGACAAGAUGAAUUUUACGGAAGGAUGUAGGAGAAACACCUCACUUAACUAUACUGAUAACGACGUGUUUGUCAAGAACACUGGACUGAAGUUGCCUGAUAAAGCUACUUACUGGGGAAUGUUGUACCCCCAGGACUGUGAACAGAAGUGCUUAAACGAAAGAUCGUGUAUGGCUUAUACCAACAUCAAUAUCAACGGAAAUGGAAGCAAAUGUGUCGUUUGGUUGGGAGAUUUACUUGAUAUGAGACGUUCACAGAUAGCUGGGAACGACAUUUUUAUAAGGAUGGCAAAUGGAAAACCAGAUGCACCUGUUUCCCAUGGGAAAAGAAAAUUGAAUGAGGGAUCGAUAGCAGUGAUUUCUGUAUUAGUUCUGGAAGUACUUAUCUCGAUUUCAUAUAUUGUGUAUACACAUCGAGCAAAGAGUACAGGGGUGCUAGAUGAACCAGAAAUCAAUCAGCCAGAAAAUUCUAUAGGAGCUUUGCUGCAGGGAACAGAUGUCAUUGCAUAUGAUUCCAGUGAUCUAGCUGCAGCCACUGACAAUUUCUCGCUGUCUAAUAAGAUAGGGCAUGGUGGCUUUGGCAAUGUUUAUAAGGGUGUACUAGAGAAUGGAGCAGAAAUAGCAGUGAAGAAGCAAGACGUGGCUUUGCGUCAAGGAGUUGAGGAGUUCGAGAAUGAAGUCAAAUUAAUUGCAAACCUACAGCAUCGUAAUCUAACCAAGUUGUUGGGAUACUGCAUUCAUGGAAUAGAAAAACUCCUAGUCUAUGAGUUCAUGGCAAAUAAAAGCCUAGACAAGGUCAUAUUUGAUGCUGCAAGAAGGGCUACAGUAACAUGGCCAACGCGCUUAAACAUUAUCAAAGGAAUCGCAAGAGGACUAGUUUACAUGCAUCAUGAGUCGAGGUUGACAGUAAUCCACCGGGACCUAAAAGCUAGCAAUGUCUUGCUAGACAGCGAGAUGACACCCAAGAUAUCUGACUUUGGGUUGGCAAGGGAAUUUGAAGACGAUGUUGAAGUCAAGACUCACCGUGUAGCAGGAACAUAUGGCUAUAUGUCUCCUGAAUACAUGCAAGCUGGACAUUAUUCAACAAAAUCAGAUGUGUUCAGUUUUGGAAUUUUGACAUUGGAGAUUGUGAGUGGCCAAAGGAAUUCGAUUUAUCGGCACCCAACCUAUGAUAUUGGUCUAGUAGGCUAUGCUUGGAAAAUUUGGAAUGAAGGGAAUGCCAUAGAACUACUGGAUCCACUGAUAGAUAAACCAGAUGAUUUGGAUGAAGUUUUAGGAUGCAUCCAUGUUGGGAUCUUGUGUUGUCAACGGCGAUCCCAAGACAGACCUUCAAUGGUUCAGGUGGUUUCCUUACUGGAGGAGAAUGAAAUGUUAAAGUUUAAUUGUGUGCCCGGGGAACCUUACUUCUAUAGGGAGACGAGUCAGAGUAGCAGGAGUCGCGAAAGUAUGAAUGGGCUAAGUAUUACUGAAUUAACCGGAAGAUCAUGA